GAUCAAAAAAUUUUUUUAUCUACAAUUUUCAGUUCCAUUUUCUUGAUUAAGACCCUUCCGAAAAAAUAACGCGGGACCAUUCUUUUAAAGUGCACAGUAUGGCCGGCUUGGGUGAAAAAGUUUCGACGACAACAACAGCACCUAUGAUCACACCGUGGAGCUUGAGUUCUAUCUUUAAUGGGAUAUCAGAAUAUAGAAAGAAACUUAACUUGCCCAAUCCAGGCACUUUCGAAGGUCUCCAUAAAGAGGUUAAAGCCACUUUUUUGACGAACCACUUGUUUGAUGGAGGUAGGGCUGACCUUACAAAGGUUCUAUCACAACAUCUUCAGGUGACUCAUUCAUUCUCAAUGGGUUCAACAAUAUCCCCUCCAAUGUACAAUUUCGGAGCCGCUUUUAUUGGUAUAAAUUCUUUUCUUCAUGGCACCAUUGAUACAGAAGGAAACUUAACAGCACGCAUGAAUUAUGCAUGGAAUGCAAAUAAUGUGACUAAACUUCAGGCUCAUAUAUCACCAUCACCAGGGCAUUCGAUGCUUCAAUUAGAACAAGAUUAUCAAGGAACAGAUUAUUCUAUAAAUUGUAAAACUAUUAAUCCUUCGCCGGUUGAAAAUACUGGAAUAUUCAUUCUCAGUUAUUUUCAAUCUGUAACACAAAAAAUAGCAUUGGGAGUUGAAAAUGUAUAUCAGAAGCCAACCCCUGAUAUUGAAGAAACUACCAGAUCUUUGGUAGCAAAAUAUACCGGAACAGAUUGCAUUGCAACCUUACAAUGGCAGGAAAUCGGUGCUUUACAGGCAUCAUACUAUCAAAAAAUCAGCGAAAAAGUAGAUUUUGGAACAGAAUUACAAAUACUUGUCGCAUCAGGUCGAAGAGAGGCAGUUUGCACAGUAGGUGGUAAAUUCGAUUUUCGAGCCGCUACUUUUAGAGGACAGAUUGACACAACAGGACGCAUCUCAUCCGUUAUAGAACAAAAAAUUGCUCCGGGAUUCAGCUUUAUUAUCACUGGUGACAUCGAACAUAUGAAGAGCACAGCAAGAUUUGGAGUGGGAAUUCAGUUGGAAGCAUAGAAUUUUUUAAUAUGUAAGAUAGAUUAAUCAAACCAAAAGACAGCGAAAAUCCAGCAUUGAUGUGACCAAGUUGUCCAUUCUUUGCAUAUUUUAAUUAAUCAAUUAAUUAAUUUGAAGUUUUCACAAGACAAUUUUAUGAUUA